AUGGCACGACUUACCACGAGGUCGUCAACUCGGGACCCGUCAUCACCAGAUCGUCCCGCCAGCAGACCAACGACAGCACGCUGUAUCGUCAUCGGCGCUGGCUUCGGCGGUCUGGCUGCCGCAAAGACCUACCUUCAACUGCAACCACAUCUCUCGUCCCUCCACAAGUCAACACCUGCCGCCACGGCCACCGCUCAGCAUGCCAAUGAUCUCCUGAUCCUCGACGCGCUGUCAUCCGUGGGCGGCGUCUGGUCUCGUGAUCGCCUCUAUCCUGGCCUAGUCUGCCAAGGCGCAAAUGGGCUGUUCGAGUUCUCGGAUCCUGAUAUCAGUCAGGUAGAUGAAGCCGCCGGAUUCAAGCGCUUUGGUUCGCUGCCCGCUACUCGUGUCAUGGAAUAUAUGGAGGGGUAUGCGGCCAAGCAUGGGCUGCUGGACCGGUUCAGGGGCGGUGUGAGGGUCGUGAGGGCGGAGCGUAGAAGUACUGGGAAGGUGGUGGGGAACGAGGGUUGGAGGCUGCACACGAGCACAGGAGAUGUGUACGAUUGUGAGAAGUUGCUGGUCUGUGUGGGCAGCUACAACGUGCCGCAUCUACCGCUGCCAAAGGCUCAGCAGGAGGGGUAUGAGGGGCUGAGUAUUCACAGUCGCGAUAUGGGAAGGCGGUAUGAGGAACUGAUCGCCGCUCCACCUCCUCUUGCUGCGUCUGAGAAGAGCAGAGCAGCAGACGACGAACAAGUGACGACGAAACACAUCCUCGUCGUAGGCGGCAACAAAUCCGCCCUCGAAGCCUGUGGACUCUUCCUGCGCACCAAUCGCCAAAAGUACUGCGAUGAGCACAACAUCAAGGUCCCGAAGGUCCACUACAAAGUCACCUGGCUCGUCCAUCCCUCUCCACGCGGCGUGCACUUCAUGAUCCUGAACAUUGCGGACGAGAAGGGCAGCGCCGAACCCGCCCUCUCGCGCGCAUUCGCGGCUUUCAACCCCUCGGUCUAUGACACUUACUCUGGGGUGUAUAGGUUCAUGCACUCCUCACGAUGGUGGGCUUGGGGAAGCAUUCUGGUCAGUGUCUUCUGGUGGGCGUUCGCACUGGGAGUGAGCUAUGCGGCGGAUUUCGGGCGAAGUGAGAAUGUGAGGCGGUUGAGGCCGGGUUGGGCUUGGACAUUGGGGCAUAAGACUUGGGGAGAGUGGUGGAAAGGGGGAGGUAAUGAAGAGGAGGAUCUGGGGAUUGAGUGGGAUGUUGGAAAUGCCGUGCAGAUGGAGCCGAGUCACGAAAUUCUGAGGGUCUUGCAUGGGGAGAAGGGUCAGGGCGUGGACACGGAGAUGGAGAUGACGACGGUGAGGGGACGCGUGAAGGAGUUGCGGGGCAAGGAGGCGGUCGUGGUUGACAAAGGUGGAAAGGAGAAGAUCAUUAGUGCUGAUAGUGUCAUUUGGUGUACAGGCUGGUUGCCGAGUGGGAACUUCUUCGAUGAAGAGGAGGCUCGAAGGGUGGGAGCGCCUCUGCCGAACGAUGAGGGCAGCUCGAAAGCAUCGAAAUCCCCAGACACAAUAAAGACUCUCGGAAUGCAGACGAGAGCUCAGCAACAACUGCUGGCGCAAUUUCCACGUCUUCGCCACUCACCUUACAAUACACUGUCAUUCAAUGACCUCACCAUUAGCGCACGCACAGCAAACGUUUCUCCAGCUGUCGCAGCGGCGACGCUUCCCGAAGAGCAGCAGAUCGCGACGCAGCAAACCAAGACAGUCAAUACGACCACACACUACAACCUCCUACGACACAAUGCAUCCCCAUGGUGUCUCGCACACAACGACCACUCAAUUGCCUUCGUGGGCAUGACCGCCACCACCCAGACUGCCAUUGUGGCGGAGUUGAGCGCGUUGUGGAGCGUGGCUUGGUGCGAAGGCUUGCUCGAGGUUGACCGGCUGCUCGCGCCCAUGAACAUGGACCACAUCAAUAACCACGAUCGGAACGCGAACAUAACCUCCAGCAGCGAUCCAGCGGAGCUGGAAGCCAAGUUGGACUGGCAGACGGCGCUGCAGAACAACUUCAUGCAUCUCCGCUGGGGCAGCAGGCUGAGUCGAGACUCGGAUGUCAUUUUAGAGGUUCAGACGUACAUGGAUCGAAUGUGUGUUGAUCUGGGACUGCGGGUGGACCGUAAGCGCUUGGCGAUGGAGGAAGAGCUCGCAGCAGCGGCGAUGGGCGGUAGUGGGAAAGGCGCAAAUGGUGGCGAAGGUGGAAAGGAAGUUUUGGGGAGGGCAUUGACCUUUGGGGAGUCGUGGACGGCAUGGAAAAGGGAAUGGCUUCAGGGGUAUACAAGUGCGGACUAUCGAGGCAUGGUGGAUGAAUUUGUGGCAAUGAAGCUGAAGCAGUGA